AGGUAAAAGGAGUGAAAGAAAGAGACCUCUGUAACGCUGCAGAAGGAGGAGAGGGGGAGGAGAGGUGGAGAGAAGGAGGUGGUGGUGGUGGCGACUAAAGAAAGGGGGGGUGAUACAGCCGGUUUUUACCUGAAGACAUAGAAGAAGGAAGACUGGAGUGGGUGAGAGGAACCGUGUUGAAUAUUGCACACAGGAGUACAGGAUAAAAAAAUAGUCAGAUUUUUCGGAGGGAGGAGAAUCGGUGACAAGACGAAGAUGGAAAAAUCCAUGGAACAGAGAGCUUCUGAAACCCAACUUAGAAACCUGUGACGAGAUGAUCUGCAAUGAAGGGUUUGGGGGACACCCGUAGCCGGCACCUCUCCGGGAACCUGGACUCUCAUUCAGACACCCUAUAUGUUCCACAAGAUCGGACACCUUACCUAAUCAGUUCUACCGAGGCCUAUCCACCGGAACCUCGAUACCCCGACAACUCUCUACACCCUGAUUGCCUGUAUCCCCUCAACAACCAGCUCUCUAACAGUAGCACUUUUCCUCGUAUCCACUUUAAUUCCCAUUAUGAACCUCCUGAGGAGACGCCACCAUAUCCAACCCCACAUGCACCUCCUGCAAAAAUCAACCGCCUUCCUGCCAGCCUCCUGGACCAGUUUGAAAAACAGUUGCCCAUUCAUAGAGAUGGCUUCAGUACGCUUCAGUUCCAAAGGCAAGCCCCAGAGGGCAAGGACCGUAGUGAAAGCCCGGGGCGUAUUCGUCAUCUAGUCCACUCUGUGCAAAAACUGUUUGCAAAGUCACAGUCCCUUGAGGGUGGUGGAAGGGCCAGUGUGAAUGGCAAAAAGGGUUCGUCGGAGGAGACUAAAGGAACAAAACGUAGUAAAAGCAAAGAACGUGGGAAGGGGGAUGGUAAGGGACAAGCUCGAAGUGGUGGAGUUUCUGGAUGGUGGAGUUCAGAUGACAAUUUAGACAGUGACACAGGAAGUUAUCGCAACCCAGCAGGCAUGAUGACUCUCGGAAGGCGUCCUGAUCAUGGAACUCGACAUUUCUUGAGUGGAUACAAUACUAUCAGUGAGAGCAUGUUGAAGGCAUCCAAAAGCAAUAAUGACCUCAAGUUCACACCCUUCCAGCCCCCAUCACUUACCUUGUCCCCAUUGCCAACACCUCGUGAGGUGCUCCCCGUUAGCUCAACAUCAUCGCUCAAAAGAGGUUCUUGGUCAACACUAACACUAAGUCAUGCUCGAGACGUGUGUCAGAAGGCAUCAGCCACCAUAGACAAAGCACUGCUCAAGUCCAAGUCUUGUCACCAGGAUCUUAGCUACCAGUAUCUGCAGGUGCCGAGCGGAGAGUGGACUGGAGCACCAUGUAAAGAUGAUGACAUCCCGUGUCGACGGAUGCGUAGUGGAAGCUACAUUAAAGCUAUGGGUGAUGCAGACAGCGAAGAUUCAGAAGGGAGCCCCCAACCUUCCCCCAAAACUGCAGCAAGGAGGCAGAGCUACCUCAAGGCCACACAACAGUCACUAAGUGAGCAGAGCACCACGCAGAGGAGUCUGGAGCGUGUGGACUCCAUGGACAUCCUGUCCCCCCCAAAGUUCCAGAGCUGGGACGAGGAUUACAAUCAGCUGACUGAGAGUGCAACAGAGGAGGGCAGUCUAUGUCAGGAUACCGAGCCACGAUGUCUCCUGCAGUACCAAACACAGGAUAUAGAAGAGCAGAGGGAAAGAUAUCAUUCUCUCAGUCAGGUAGCUGAGGAACCGAGGGAUCGGUAUCCAUUAUGCCAGGUCCCAGAGGAGCCAAUGGAAAGAUACACUUUAAGUCAAGUCCCAGAGGAACCUCAAGAGAGAUUCCAGCUUUGCCAAGUAGAGGAAGAAGAGAACGAACAAUAUCCACUUUGUCAGGUGCCUGAGGAGCACAGGGAAAGGUAUCCCCUGUCUCAAGUUCCAGAGGAGCCAAAUAUACGAUACCCAAUGUUAGCAGAAGAAAAGAGGGAGCGCUACCCCUUUGUUCAGGCCAUGUUUGGGGAUUCUGAACAGUCCCAAACUGAAGCUUUUGACCUCCAUCUACCCAAUUACUUCCGCUCACGCAGCCACAGCUACCUCCGUGCCAUCCAGGCCGGCUGCUCACAGGACGACGACACAACAUCCCUACAGUCCAUGUCACCCCCUUUACCAAUCACCAGCCGGACUCUACCCAGACACAUCGGCUCCUCUUGUCUGGUGGGUUACAAGAAGACCCCCCCACCUGUACCCCCUCGCACCACCUCCAAACCCUUUAUAUCUGUGACUGUACAAAGUAGUACUGAAUCUGCCCAGGACUCUUAUCUGGAUGCACAGGAAGGGCAGAGUGAAGGCAACAGCCAGUCAGGGCUCAGCACCUCCACCGAGAGCCUUGAAAGCACCCGGGCACCAAGUGUAACCCGUAUCUGUCCCCCAACUCCAAUCAGGCAAAUCCCACCCGAGGUGCCCCCAAAAAAUGCGGCCGUAAAAAUCAUCAAAGAAGAGCCGCGGGCCCCUGAACCCCUCCCGAAACGUAAACUGUCCUCCAUUGGAAUUCAGGUGGACAGUAUACAACCAGUGCCUAUUCCCGAGCCGCCCCCUCCCGCCAAAUUUCAGUCCAUUGGAGUCCAAGUGGAAGAAGAGUGGAGGAACAGCCGAUCCAGCAGUAUGACAUCCAAGCAAGAGACAGAUUCCGAUACGCAAGAGCCCAGCAAUUCGUCUGACAAGAGCGUCCCCGACUGCCCACCUCCUCGCCAGCCCACCCCAGGUCCUCCAGUGCCCCUCCCCAAAAAGCACCUCUCCUAUGGAGAUGGUGGGGAAACCGAGGCCUCUGCCCUUCCUCCUCCCGACCCUUGGCUGGACUCUGCAGCCUCUCCUCCCUCUACUGAGCCCGCCCAGGCAGGCGCUUGCCGCAGGGAUGGACACUGGUUCCUGAAAUUGUUGCAGGCCGAGACGGAAAGACUGGAGGGCUGGUGUAAACAGAUGCAAAGAGAAACGGGCGAUAACAACCUGUGCGAAGAAGUGAUCGGGAAGCUUCUUAGUGCUGUUGGCAGCGCUCAGCUCCUGAUGUCACAGAAGUUCCAGCAGUUCCGCGGCUUGUGUGAGCAAAACCUGAACCCGAACUCCAACCCUCGUCCAUCGGCACAGGACCUUGCCGGAUUCUGGGACCUGUUGCAGCUUUCUAUAGAAGAUAUUAGCAUGAAAUUUGAUGAACUCUUCCAACUUAAGGCCAAUGGCUGGGUAUUGACCGAGACCCCUGAUAGAAAUGAGAUAAAAAGGCCCCCUCCCCCUGUGCCAAAGAAGCCAGCCCGACCCAAGCCUCCCCUCAGUCGUGACAAGGCACCCGGCCCCUCCAACAGUGACAAGCAGCGACAAGAAGCCCGUAAAAGGCUGAUGGCAGCCAAGCGAGCAGCCUCCGUGCGCCAGAAUUCUGCUACAGAGAGCGCGGACAGCAUCGAGAUCUAUGUGCCAGAGGCACAGACGCGGCUCUGAGAGCGAGCGAGAGAGAGAGAACCACUGGUGUGCCAAUCAUGGGGUAAAUGGAGGGUCUUGGCAACUAUAGACUUACUGACAGACUCAAGUGGGAGACACAGGGAGAAAGGCACAAGAGCACACUAAUUCUAUGCGGCUAUGCCUGGCAGACACGCGGUGCUGUCAGGAGGGUUCCACGGCUGGUGUGCCAGGACUUUUCAACUAAUUAUUCUUUAAAAUUUAAGGCAAUUUUUCUUGGGGAAGAGACAUAAAGUGGAAGUUUUUUUUUUUUGGAAGGGGUAUCCCUGUUAUGCAGCCCCACUACCCCUUCUCCUUAUCUGGGCCGAGGCAAUAAAGCACCCCCAAAAUCUCACAAUUGCACAAAGACUGCACCCUGGUUUUGGACGGUCCGCCAUCUUUGUUUCACCCCCCCCCCCCCUUCCUUUUGUCUGUUAUAAGUAGCACCUAUUGCAAUAAGGAACAAACCCCACCCCCUAGCAUUCCUCUCCUCUUUAAGCAGGAGCAUGCGGAUUUGUAUGGUUCCGAUUUAAACACUCGCUCCUAAAGCCCCAAAAUUUGUCGUCUGUUGUUAAGUAGACCGACGGCUUGCAUUGUUCUAUUCAGUAGACAUACACAUUGCUCUGCAGCAUAUGUAGAUGCAGUGCUCUGCUCCCCAGCCGAGGUCAGUAAUGGUUAACUCUUCAUAAUUAACGUCAGGCUCUGCGCCGCAAUGCGUUGCUGACUUCACUAGCAGAAGAGUCGAUUUAUUUUAAUUUUAAUUUUUUCGUGUGUGUGAUAAUUCCAAAAGUCAUUUUUGACAAAAAAAUUCCCAUUGAAAACUGCAGUCAGCAAGCUAGGUCAGCAAUGUUGAUUAUAAAAAACAAAGCACACUGUACUAUGUAAGAUCACGUCCCCCCCCCCCGUACACGAAUAGUGAACCUACUUAACUGUGCUGAAGCAGAGUAUCUCAAUACCUUGACCGUUUGCUCUUGGCACUUUCUAUCAUGAUGCUGAGUAUCUCUAUACAUUGAUUUUGGACAUGCUGCGCUAUAUACUGAUGCUGAGUAUCUGUUCACCAAUAAUAUGCAACCUCGUUGUAUGA